GUCGAGAGCAGAACCAGGAGGGCAGGAGGUGUUGGUGCACAGGUCGAGAGGAGAACCAGGAGAGGUUGGAGCGUUGGUGCACAGGUCGAAGAGGAGAACCAGGGCAGGAGGUUCGUGCACAGGAGAGAGAACCAGGAGGGCAGGAGGCGUUGGUGCACAGGUCGAGAGGAGAACCAGGGAGGGCAGGAGGUGUGGUGCACAGGUCGAGAGCAGGGAGGGCAGGAGGGUUGUGCACAGGUCGAGGGGGACCAGGAGGGCAGGAGGUGUUGGUGCACAGGUCGAGGAGAAACCAGGAGGGCAGGAGGUGUUGGUGCACAGGUGAGAGGAGAACCAGGAGGGCAGGUGUUGGUGCACAGGUCGAAAGGGAACCAGGAGGCAGGAGGUGUUGGUGCACAGGUCGAGAGGAGAACCAGGAGGGCAGGAGGCGUUGGUGCACAGGUCGAGAAGGGAACCAGGAGGGAGGAGGUGUUGGUGCACAGGUCAGAGGAGAACCAGGAGGGCAGGAGGUGUCGAGAGGAGAACCAGGAGGGCAGGAUGUUGGUGCACAGGUCGAGAGGAGAACCAGGAGGGCAGGAGGUGUUGGUGCACGGGUCGAGAGGAGAACCAGGAGGGCAGGAGGUGUUGGUGCACAGGUCGAGGGGGAACCAGGGGCAGGAGGUGUUGGGUGCACAGGUCGAGAGGGAACCAGGAGGGCAGGAGGCAGUCGAGAGGAGAACCAGGAGGGCAGGUUGUUGUGCACAGGUCGAGAGGGAACCAGGAGGGCAGGAGGUGUUGGUGCACAGGUCGAGAGCAGAACCAGGAGGGCAGGAGGUGGUUUGCACAGGUCGAGAGGAGAACCAGGAGGGCAGGAGUUUGGUCACAGGUCGAGAGGAGAACCAGGAGGGCAGGAGGUUGUUGGUGCACAGGUCGAGAGGAGAACCAGGAGGGCAGGGUGUUGUGCACAGGUCGAGAGGGAGAACCAGGAGGGCAGGAGGUGUUGGUGCACAGGUCGAGAGGGAAACCAGGAGGGCAGGAGGUGUUGGUGCACAGGUCGAGAGGGGAACCAGGAGGGCAGGAGGCGUUGGUGCACAGGUCGAGAGGAGAACCAGGAGGCAGGAGGUGUUGGUGCACAGGUCGAGAGGAGAACCAGGAGGGCAGGAGGCGUUGGUGCACAGGUCGAGAGGGGAACCAGGAGGGCAGGAGGUGUUGGUGCACAGGUCGAGAGGGGAACCAGGAGGGCAGGAGGUGUUGGUGCACAGGUCGAGAGGAGAACCAGGAGGGUUGGAGGCGUUGGAGAACCAGGAGGGCAGGAGGCGUUGGUGCACAGGUCGAGAGGGGAACCAGGAGGGCAGGAGGCGUUGGUGCACAGGUCGAGAGGAGAACCAGGAGGGCAGGAGGUGUUGGUGCACGGGUCGAGAGGAGAACCAGGAGGCAGAGGCGUUUGGUGCACAGGUCGAGAGGGAACCAGGAGGGCAGGAGGUGUUGGUGCACAGGUCGAGAGGGGAACCAGGAGGGCAGGAGGCGUUGGUGCACAGGUCGAGAGGGGAACCAGGAGGGCAGGAGGUGUUGGUGCACAGGUCGAGAGGGGAACCAGGAGGGCAGGAGGUGUUGAAGCUGUUUAGUUUCUUCCGAGAGCUUGCUGGAGCUUUGCUUGUCGUUCUUACCGCCUAA